UCCCAGAAAAACUUGUUUUGAAUGUCCCGAUGAGUCGGCAGUUUUGUAAAUUUUGGUGGAUUUCGAUGUUUUUCUUGCUUAAGCCAAUAUGUCCUUCAACCGAUUUUCUUCCAUUCAUUCCCCUCACUUCUCUUCCAUUUUUAAGUUUCCAUGACGAAUCUGUUUGCUAUUCAUUUUUAAUUCUAUUUCUUUACGAUUAGUAAUUUUCCUCCCCGAUUCUGGCCUAGCAUUCUUAUUUUGUAUGAUUUUUAGCCUUUUUAUUUUACAGCCUUUUCUAUUCAUAUAAUAACAUUUAAUCAA